AUGUUGCUUCAAAAGAAAGUAAACGCAAUAUCUGCUAUUACAGUGCUCUUACACAUGAGCUCUUCGCAGGCCUUAUCUAGUGAAUUAGCAAAGACCCCUUUGAUGGGAUGGAGUUCAUGGAAUGCUUUUGGAACAAAUUUCAAUUCUUCCUCCAUCGAAAGAACCGUCCAGCUAUUCCAUGACCUUGGGUUGACCCAGGCUGGGUAUGAAUACGUUAACCUCGAUGAUGGCUGGUCUGCGUACUCCAGAACGGUGGAUGGGUAUUUGCAGGCUAACGAGACCACAUUUCCAAAUGGAAUCGGGGCACUAGCCCAUUACAUUCACGCAAACGGGCUUAAGCUCGGCCUAUACGGUGACAGUGGUGUGUAUACAUGUGAAUUUCACCCGGGUAGUUCGGGGUAUGAGAAACGAGACGCCCAAACGUUAGCUGAGUGGGGGGUCGAUUAUUGGAAGUAUGACAAUUGUGGUGGUUUCGCGGCAAUGGUUGAUAGUCCACAGAUCCGAUUUGGAGAUAUGAAAGAUGCUCUGCUACUAUCCGGCAGGGAUAUUGCUUACGAGGUAUGUGAGUGGGGAUACCAAUUUCCAUGGCACUGGGGAGGUGAUAUAGGCCAUUCUUAUCGGAUCGGUGGAGAUAUCACAGACAAAUUCAUCAACGAAACAGGAUGUGCUUGUAAGACAGCCUAUUGUUUAGAUACUGGAUAUGCAGGAUGCUCGGUUACGACAAUGAUGCGGAAAAUGCGCGAAAUCAGCCAGUAUCAGACUCCUGGUCAUUGGGCGUACAUGGAUAUGCUCCAAAUCGGCAAUGGCAAUAUGACUCUGUAUCAACAGCAGACACAUUUCGCAUUUUGGGCAGCACUAAAAUCUCCUCUUAUCAUCGGCACAAACUUGGAGACCUUGCCUAGUGCAAGUGCGGCUAUUUUGACCAAUGCAGACAUUAUCGCUAUCAAUCAGGAUCCUCUCGGUUUAGCUGUUCACUACAUGCAAGGGGCUAGCAUCGAGAACUCCUUACAGGUCUGGGUGGGCGAAAUUGAAGGUGGAUACAUAGUUCUUGUUUUCAACGAAAAGAGCUAUCCGCAGCAUGCAAGCAUCUCAUUUAAUCAACUAGGGUUCGAUAUCCAAGGAAACGUCAAUGUAAAGGAGCUUUGGUCAGGACAUAACUGGGGGAGAAUAAAUAGUAUUAGUACAACAGUGGAAAGCUACCAGACUUUGGUGUUCAAACUUGGACAUUAA